AAUAAAAAACAGUUGGAGGGCUGUCCGCCGCAUCACAUUAAGAAGUAACUACAUAAUGCCAGUGGAGGAGAGGUCUCACAGUGAUGAGAGUGAAGCAGAAUAUUCAUCAAGUAGUAGUCAGCAGUCAGUGAAUGGUCACUCAGGAGGUGUUAUACCCAAGAGCAAGAGCUUUAGUGAAGUUGGAACUAGCAAUGGACAUCAGGCACCGCAUGACUCCCCUCCACCAAUGCCAUGGUUUGGGAUGGAUAUUGGUGGCACACUGACCAAACUUGUGUACUUUGAACCAACGGAUUUAAGUGAGGCAGAGGAAGAGAGUGAAGUUGAGACCAUUAAAAAUAUCAGAAAAUAUCUGAAAAGUAACUCGGCCUAUGGAGAAUCUGGACACAGGGAUGCACACCUUCAGAUGGAGAAGGUCCGCGUUGGAGGUCGAAUUGGCACCCUUCACUUUAUCCGCUUCCCUACAUCAGAGAUGCCAUUAUUCCUGGAGCUUUCAAAGAGCAAGGGGAUGGCCACCCUUGCUUCCACAAUCUGCGCCACAGGAGGGGGAGCCUACAAAUUUGAAGAAGAUUUUCAACGCUGUCCUGGUGCAGUAGCUGGAGUGGUAGGAAGGCACAGUGCCCAGCUGGAGGAGGUGAAUUUGACCUUACACAAAUUUGAUGAGCUUGACUGCCUCAUUCGGGGCAUUGAGUACAUUGAAGAUAACAAUAUGGACCGGGAAUGCUACUAUUUUCUUAACCCUCGCAAUGAAGACAGAUGUGAAAAAGUUACUUUUGACUUUAGUAAUCCAUAUCCCUUUCUGGUGGUGAACAUUGGUUCAGGUGUGAGUAUUUUGGCAGUGGAUGGGCCUGACAACUACCGAAGAGUAUCUGGGACUAGUUUAGGUGGUGGAACAUUCUUAGGGCUCUGUUGUCUCUUGACUGGUUGCAAGACCUUUGAAGAGGCAAUUGAACUAGCUGCAAAAGGCACAAAUGAAACAGUGGACAAACUUGUGAGAGAUAUUUAUGGUGGUGACUAUCAGAGAUUCGGCUUGAGCGGCAAUAUUGUUGCCAGCAGGUAAGGA